AUGUACCACAAGUUCCUGCCGCCCAAAACACCCGACCGCUGCGGGGCGCUCAAGUGGCCGUCUUACGUGCUGGUCAGCGACCGUGUAGUUUUCCCAGACGGCGUUCGCCCCGGGGCAGUGUUCAUCGAGGGAUCCCGCAUUGUGGAUGUCUCUGAGGAGGUGACGGUGGACAGCACCGCCCACCCGCACGUCAUGAACUUCAAGCACGCGGUCAUCUCCCCCGGUGUCAUCGACGUGCACAUCCACCUCAACGAGCCAGGCCGUGUAGAGUGGGAGGCAGGCAUCACCAACGGCACGAUGGCCGCCGCGGUGGGCGGUGUGACCACCGUCAUCGACAUGCCGCUCAACAGCGACCCCGUCACAACCGAUGUACGGCAGCUGGAAGCCAAGAAAAAGCUGGCCAAGGCCAAGGCCUUCACAAACAUCGGGUUCUGGGCGGGUUUGGUCCCCGGCAACGCAGCCAACCACACCCUCCUGUCAGAGCUGCUGGCGGGCGGGGCUCUGGGCUUCAAGAGCUUCAUGUGCAACAGCGGCAUCAACGACUUCCCCGCGGUGGAGGCGGAACACAUCGCGGCGGCACUGCCCUUCCUCAAGAGCCGGGGGGUGCCGUUCUUUGUGCAUGCGGAGGUGGUGACGCCCGUGGAGAUGGAUGCGGUGGGGUCCGCCGACCCCACCCACUACACCACCUACCUGGCCACUCGCCCGCCCAAGUUCGAGCGAGAUGCCGUUCGGUUGUUGGUUAAGUUGUUGGACGAGGACUCCACCCCGGCGGCCCCCGGCUUCUCUGUGCACGUGGCCCACCUCGCGGAUGGGGAGGAGGCGCUGGAAGUUAUUCGGGACGCCCAGUCCCGGGGUCACCCCCUCACGGUGGAGACAUGCGCCCACUACCUCACAUUCUCUGCGGAGGACGUCCCGGCGGGUCACACGCAAUACAAGUGCGCGCCGCCGCUGCGGGAGGCCUCGCACAGGAACCGACUGAUCAGCGCGGUCAGGUCGGGGGCCAUUAGCCUGGUAUCUUCGGACCACUCCCCCGCCCCCCCAGCGCUCAAGGAGACGGAGAGCGGCAACUUCCUGCGGGCCUGGGGUGGCAUCAGCGGAGUGCAGUACCUGCUGCCGGCCACGUGGACGGCUCUGUGGGGGGCUGCCGCGGGGGGGGAGGGGCAGGGGGAGGGCGCCGCUAAGGAGGGGGAUCUGCUGUUGUUGGCUCGCGUACUGAGUGAGGGCCCAGCCAAGCUGGCGGGGGUGGCGGAGAGCAAGGGCCGACUGGCGCCGGGCUACGAUGCGGAUUUGGUGAUUUGGGAGCCCGAGACACGAGCCAACACCUCCGUCUCACUCAACCUGCACACCCACAAGCUGUCGCCGUACACUGACGUGCCUUUGUACGGCAAGGUCCUGGGCACGAUUGUGGGCGGCGAGCUAACGGCCUUGUUCGGUAACAUAAACAGGAGGUCCUGCGGCAAGCUGGUCCUGAGCAGGAACACGUAG